AUGUCGGCUGAAGCCCCUAUCCGAAAUCCCGCGCCUCACCGAGGAUUCAAUUCCAAGGCGAGAGAAGUCUUACUGGACGGCCCUUCCCCCAGCUCCAGGUUUGGUAAGUUCGUUUGUCAUCAUUUUAAUACAUGUAACAUUAAAAUAUUGCAUGUAUUAAAAAACGCUUGAGUUAUAUAUUACACAUAUAUGGCAACUCGGGUUGACUCCAUUUUUGGUGGCUUUGCCUAAACCCCCGCUAAAUAUUUUGCGAGUAUCCAUCGAUUAAAAUAAUAUCAACCCGAGUUGCCCGGUAGGUAUUACGUAAGCCUUGUGGGUUAUUAAUUCGAGAAGUUUACAGUACAGUCAGAAUUUACGAAAUUCUUGGCUGAUAAGCAGUCAAAAUGCCAUUGUUUUGGUCAACAUCAAGAAUCCCCGGAAUCUUGACUGGCCAAAAAACAGCAGCCAAGAAUUCCGCAAAUCCCGAUUGUAAACCCGACAAGAUUUUUUUUUUUUAAUUUUGACAUGGUCCUCUCGGAUUAAUAAGCACAAGGCUUAUAUCAUGCAAAAAAUUGAUAAUGUAAAUCCCAUUAAAGUUUUAAUAAUCGUAAUUUUAGGACUGGAAAGGACAGGAAGUGAUGAAGAAUUCAGGCGAAAACUGGCGGGAAUGAGACUAAACCGAACCGACAGUGAAGCCACAAACGAUAGUCAGAAGAGCAGUUCGUCCACGCAAUCAUGUGGCCAAAGUAGGUCCCAUAUUUUUAAUUCGACAUCGAUCUUAGCAUAAGAUUAAAACCUUACCUUACUAAUAAUAACCCUUUUAGUGAACGACUUCACGGACCUCGAUGAGUUCCCCAAGAAGACCAUCCUCUCCCAUAAACUCCUAUCCGAAGUGGGGAAGGCCAGAUCCGUGGGAGACCUCGUAAAACACAAGAAAACAGCUGUAAAGACAUUCCAACAACUCAACAUUAUGAAACUCCCCAGUGUCGAUUCAGAUCUUGGUGAUAAAAGAUCUCUGGGACGAUCGGAUUCCUUCGGAUCGUUGGAUGAAGAUUCGGAACGACGAAAUCAAUACGAAAUGAAAUGA